AUGUCGUCAUGGAUAGUUACUGUUGUCUAUGUAGGAGGAAUGUUAAUGGUGAUGAGCUUAUUUUCUUAUACAUGGCGUAGACGAAAAGCUGCAUCAGCGAUUCUUGUACCGUGGUUUCCCGAUCACACAACUCGAGAUACUUAUAUUUCUCUAUUACAACAAACUGAUCCUCCAGCUACCGAAUUACAACUAAGAGCUGCGUUAUUACGUAGAGCUAUGACAAAUGUUGAAAGAAUAAUUAAACUUAGGGAGAAUCGUCCAGCUCUUCUUUCUUUAGUACAAAAAGGUGCUGUGGGUGAUGGAUUAUGGAGUUCUUUUCAAAAAGCUGAACAAGAACUUCAACAAGAUGUAAUAGAAGUUACUCAAGAAGCUGAAACUUUUAAAAAGAAUUGGGGACAAACUAUUUUUCAUACUGCUAACGAAAUGGUUCAACAUGAAAAACACAAAGAAAUUGCUGAUCAAAUUAAAGAAUUAAAAGAAAAGGAAGAAAAAAACUUUAAGAAGAGGGAGGAAAGAGAAAAAUUUGAAAUGGCUGAGCAUGAAAAAAGAGAAAAGGCUAGGAAGAACUACUAA